AUGAAUGGCGAGCACCUGCUGACACCGCCUGCGUCGGCAGCAUCCCCCUCGCCCUCCGCCGCGUCGACCUUGACACGUAUCUCGCACAGCCUUCCCGUGCAGCGCAAGCAUGCGUUGUUGGCCGGGUCGACGAAAGAGAUCAAGUUGAUACACUAUCUAGACGAUCAACUCGAGCGAGUCUACAGAAGACACGAAAAGCGCUUGGUUGCAGGACAGAGGGAAACCGCGCCUCCGUCGAAGCACGACGAUGCCCCUGGUUAUGAGAGCAUGGACGAAGUCAUCGAAGACCUUGAUCCCCUAGUUGACGUCGUAUGGACAAGUCGAACACCUAGCCUCCAAACUGCGUAUCUGUUGUCCAUCGCCGGCUACAUCUGUGCAUAUUUUCCAGAUUUUGCAUUCACGCCACUGGUCUUUCCAGUCUUGUCCAAGAUCGACCAGGCAUUCGUUGCCCUUCUGUCCACUCCUUCAAGCGAUCCCGCUGCAAGCGCAAUCACCCGAUCUCCAACGCAGACCGACAAAGUACGGAUCAAGUCGCUGACGGAAGACACACGAGUCGCAGCAGUCAACGCUGCUAUAAAGUCAGGCUGGGAAGCUGAUUUGGAGGAUUCCGAAGACGAAAGUGAAGUAACCUCCAGCGACUUUCCUCAAGCAUAUGAUGACUUUGCAGUAAGUGCAGGACUCGGAAGAUUGUAUAAAGGCACAAUCGAGCUACUCGGCGAUUCACUGGUCCGACCGCAGGUGUCUAGUAGACAGGAAGAUUCCCAGGUCGACUCUGCGGCCGUCGUCAACACUAACAACGUCUUUGGACCUGGUGUAGACUGA